CCUAUCUCUUCCUAGUUCCUACGCCGCGGCGGCGCGGCCUCCCCAUUCCGGCCUCCCCAUUCCGGUGUUCUCCGAUUUGGGGGACGUCCCUUGCCCGCUCCGGAGUCCGGUCCAGCGGAGCCAGCUACGGCACAGAUCGGCCUCCGUCCGCCCCUUCCCAUCUCACCAGACUCUCCACCGCCGCGGUGAGCGUGCCUCGGCUGCUUCCUAGAUUACUGCUUCAGGCGGUGCUGAUGCAAAAUGGUUCUAUGUCAGGGCGUUUCUGUUGGAAAUGCUCAGUUGCUAGCUUUUCCUGGUAGAUCAUCAAGUUUUAAGAGCACCCAGUUUCAUGUUAAAACGGAUCAUUUUUCGGCAAGAGCUCUACGUGUUGGCACUGAUUCCAUUCAUCAUGGCAUGCCUAUAUCAUUCCCAAGGGAGAAUUCUCUCAAGGGCAUGCCAUCACUAUCAGGGCAGCAUAAUCAGCAUCCAAGGUCCGUUAGUUGUCGGGCAUCCUCGCUGGCAUCUUUCAGCUACCCUGAGCUGACAUCCAAACCCAGAUGGUGGUGGAGAACUCUAGCUUGUGUGCCGUACUUGCUGCCACUGCACAACAUGUGGUCUUAUGCCGACGUGAUCUACCAGCUGCACACUUACUUGCAGGGGUUUUCGCUGUUGUACACCUUCAUCGACACCAUGACUCUGUGCCCUGGGUGGCUCUUUCUGGUGAUAUUUAUGACAGUGUACUUCUUCGUUGUGAGGCGGAAGUGGUCGCCGCACUUUCUGAGGUUCCAUGUGAUCCUAGCGAUCCUUCUAGACACUGGCUCCCAAGCAGUGGCCACCAUGUGUACCUGGAUGCCAAGCAUCGUUUAUCAGGGGAAGCCAAUGCAGUACUUCUGGAUGUCUAUCGCGUUCAUACAGAUCUUCACAGUGCUUGAGUGUUUGCGCUGCGCUCUUUGUGGAAUGUAUCCUAAUGUCCCAUUCAUAUCCCACACCGCUUUCAUUCACUCUGAUCUGAAUCUGUUCAGGUAGGUGCUUACUACAUAAGGUCCAGGACUCAAGGAAGGAUUUCGGAAUGGCUACUUACAGUUGUAGAGAACGUGUUUUGUUCAUAUUGAAGUCCUGUGUAAUUCUUAUCAUGGGACCAGCUGGUACAAUAGCAUUUAAACAACACUACAAUUGAUUUUCGUUCCUCGGAUUUUAUUGUUUGUACGUUUGGUUACCUGCAAAUUUUGUUUCGAGGGGCAGUACUUGUUC